AUCGAAUACAUAUAUCUAUAUAUAUAGAGCAGCAUCCAUACAUCCAAGUCCACAUACAUAAUUCACAGAAAAACAGACAGACAGACAGAAAGAGAUGGAAGAACAGGAUGUGGUGAUAGUGGGAGGAGGUAUAGCAGGUUUGGCAACAGCGGUAGCUUUGAAGAGAGUAGGGGUUGGAGCGUUGGUGUUAGAGAAAUCCGAAGGGUUAAGAGCGACAGGCACGUCCUUGGGUCUUGCCCCAAAUGCUUGGCUUGCCCUUCAUGCCCUCGGCGUAGGCUCCAAACUCACCGCUACUUCUACCCCCUCACUAUGACGAAGAUAACAAAUCUUGAUACUGGAGCAAUUCAGGAGGCCUAUUUCCCGGCAAAUUCUUUCAAGGGUCAACAUGGACUUAGAGUAGUACAACGUAAAGCCUUACUGGAAGCUCUGGCAGAAGAAGUGCCAAUUGACUCCGUCCGUUUUUCUUCUAAGCUCAAGUCCAUUGAAAACCAAACACAAGAAGGCUCAUCCUUUGCGAUCAUUCAUAUGGAGGAUGGAGCUAGCAUCAAAGCAAAGGCUCUUAUAGGGUGUGAUGGGGUACACUCGGUUGUGGCACGGUGGUUAGGACUCACAGCGCCAGUCAACUCCGGCCGAUGGGCAGUGCGUGGAAUGGCCGUAUUUCCCGAUGGGCAUGGAUUGAACCCUGAAUUCCAACAAUUUGUAACAGUCGGCAAAAGGGCUGGUUUCGCUCCUCUCAAUGAUAAGGAGAUCUACUGGUUUCUGGUCUGCAAAUUUUCCUCAAAAGGAGAAGAUCACAUCGCACAUGACCCCGAGAUGAUAAAAAGAGAAGUUACUGACAAUCUUGCCAAGGAUUUUCCCCCAUUGUACUUGAGGGUUGUACAGCGUUCAGAUCUCUCUACUCUCACAUGGGCUCCACUGAUGUUUAGGUUUCCGUGGGACCUGAUAUUCGGAAACUUGAGCAAAGGGAAUGUUACAGUGGCAGGUGAUGCCAUGCAUCCUAUGACACCAGACCUAGGACAAGGUGGUUGCGCUGCAUUGGAAGAUGCCGUUGUUUUAGGCAGACACAUUGGAAACUCAAUUAUCCGAAACAAAAGACUUGUUGCUGGAGAUCCGUUGGCUGGAGCCUUGGAAAGAUAUGCCAAGGAAAGGAGGUGGCGUGCCGCUACCUUGAUCACGGGCUCGUAUCUAUCAGGGUGGGUACAACAUGAUGGAUCUGGAUGGUGGAUGAAAUUCUUCAGGGAUGUGAUUUUCUAUAGGCUUCUCUUCACUAGAAUAUUUAAUUUUAUACAGUAUGAUUGUGGGGAGCUGCCCUGUAUUUCAUCAAACAGUCCUGAAUGUGUUUCAUCAAACAGUCCUGAAUUGGAGAACCGAAGUAAGAUUGAGUAGACAGAAUCCCAGCUCUAGUGUAUUUGAGUCGGUAUCCCCUUUGUUCCUUCAUAUAAAUAUCCUCUUUUCUUCCUGAAUCCUAAAUAUACAGAUUAGGAUUAAAUGUUGCUUUGCCAUUGUAGUUGGUGGGGAUGUGUUAUGUAUACGUUGACAAGCUGUUGAGUUGCUCAAAAGAUUGUAAAAUAAAACAGUUGGAUUGAUAUU